GAACCAAUCAGCGUUCCCUAGACUAUGGGGAAAUCCCUCGCUUUAUAAUCGACGCAUUUGCUGAACGAGUAGACAAACCUCUUUUAUUUGCUUUCUCAGAAAUCUAAAGGCAUAUUUUGGGCUACAAAAGCGUAUCUCAUUUUCAGCUUAUGUGUUAUAAGGUUUAGUUGUGUUCAGGUGUUUUGAAGAGAAAUGAUGAUACUAGGCCUAUUGAUUCUCCUUGUCACAUGCCCUUUCAGCUUAUUGUUCGAGUUUCAUCAUUUUGAUACUCAAAAAAAGGAGCUCCUAGAAAAGCUUGGUGACACCGGCAUUCACUUAGAUAGCCUAUCUGGAGCCAUCAAAGUCACCAAUGCGAGUAACAACUUCGGCCUAACUCUCUAUCACGCUUUACCUGAUUCAGGCAACCUCUUUAUCUCUCCAUUUAGUUUGUCCACUGUACUGACCAUGGCCUAUUUAGGCGCCCGGAAUUCUACUGCUCAACAGAUGAGCUAUGCGCUUGGCUAUUCUCGUGUUGGGUUAGACGCUUCGGGUGUCCUAAGUGGGUUGCAGCAAACCAACGAUCUGCUGAAUAGUCAGAAGAAUAGUUAUGAUCUGGAGGCCGCCAAUGCAGUUUUAGUUCAGCGAGGCUUGGGUCUUUUGGCUGUUUACCAACAGGCACUCACAGAAUACUUGGGUGCAGUUCUGCAAGAAGUGGACUUUGCAACCGAAGAAGUAAAAGUCCAAUAUGAAGUCAACAGUUGGGCAUCACGACAAACAAAAAACAAGAUUUCGAAACUGUUGGAUAAACCACUUCCAAAGGACAGUCUCCUGGCUUUGUUAAAUGCAGUAUACUUUAAAGGCACGUGGCAAACUAUGUUUGACCAAAAGUUGACCCAGUCUGAAACUUUUUACAAUAAUGGACGAACCCCAGUCACAGUCCGUAUGAUGCACUCGAAAUCAAAAUUUCCCUUUUUCUACGAUUCCAAACUUGGAGUAUAUGCUCUAGAGAUGCCCUACAGGGGUAGUCACAUUUCCAUGUUGAUUCUGCUGCCAGAUAAUAGGAACGGACUACUACAUCUGGAGGAUGCACUUUCCAUCCCGUAUUUACAGAAUAUUUACAACAGACUUCAAGAUAGGAGAGUUGAGGUUGCGAUGCCCCGAUUCAAGCUGGAGGCAAAGUAUGAAGACGAUCUGAAGAGAACUCUGCAGCAAAUGGGAAUGUCGGACGUUUUUGAUCCUAGCAGAGCCAAUCUUGCCGGGAUAACUAGGCAACGUGGUCUUUACCUGACAAAGGUCAUCCACAAGUCCUACAUAGAAGUCAAUGAGGAAGGAAGUGAGGCCGCUGCAGUGAGUGUGGUGGUUGGAGCAGAACGAAUAGGAGGCAGGAAUGAUGAACAGUUCAUCGCAAACCAUCCCUUCAUAUUCUUGAUUCGAGACUACCGCACUGGAUUAAUUCUUUUCUUGGGUCGCGUUAACGAACUGUAAUACUCGACGUGGUCGAAGAGAUAAUAUUAUA